CGUUACGCAACUGACGUCAUGUCGUGUGCGCUUCCUGAAAGUUGAGCUAAUCCAAAUUGUGUUUUCUCGCGUUACAGUUGGAAUAGCUAUCGGAUGAUAACAGGCGUAUGUAUGACUCAGUAAAAUGAUCAAGACAGAAAAAGUUCUCCAUUUGAAGAGCAGUCGGGGCCGAAAGGUCCGUGUUGUCCGCGAACAUUACGUGAGGGAGCGAGUGCCAUGCUAUAGCUCUCUUUGUCAAGCCGACUGUGACAACGACGGGAAGGUGUUGCCAGGAGAUUUAACCCACUAUGUGGUGCCUGAUGUGGGUGUGGUGGUUGACUACCAAGAGAUCUUGGAGAUCAGAGAGCUGCAGGGCAUCGUCUUCACCCAGACAGCCUGCCAAGCUGUCCAUCAUUGCAAAGGACGCAGACAAUAUAACCGCCUGCGAAACCUGCUGAAAGAUCCCCGACAUGACUGUGUUCUGUUUGCGAAUGAAUUUCAAGAGUUUUCCUUCUGUCUGCGGGACAAUGGGGAGAGUCAAGAACAGUGGCAGACCAGGUGCGUUUACUCUGCAGCAGUUUGGUACUAUAACCACCUAGCUGGUAUGAUGGAUGUAGUGAUGAUCACAGAGGACCAGGACAUCAUUGCUCAGUACAGCAACCUCCACUCUGGAGUGUACGUCAUCUCUGUCCAGGAAUAUUUACAAAACUUCUGGUCAGAGCUCCAGGCAGCUCAUGAAUUGUACAGUUCCAUUUGCCACGCCCUACAGGAAAAAGAGAGUGAGUGCACAGAGAGAGAGUUUUCUGACCACCUACCGGCUGAAGUCCUGGAGGCUGGUAUCAAGUCUGGACGCUACAUUCAGGGAACUCUGAAUGUCAACAAGCACAGAGCACAGACAGAAGCUUCUGUCAGAACAGAGGGUCUCUCCAAUAAAAAUACAGAGCUGAGCAGUGAGGUGUUGGUGUAUGGAAGUAAGAAUCGUAACAGGGCUGUGCAUGGCGACAUGGUCGUAGUGGAGUUGUUGCCAAAGAGUGAAUGGAGAGGGAAGGUUAGUUCCCUGACAAAAGGACAAUUGGAGAAGAAUGGAGAGGACAUUCAAAGUAAACGUAUGCCUACAGGGAGUAUUGUCGGGAUCCUCCAGAGGAAUUGGAGGGACUAUGUGGUAACGUUCCCCACACGGGAGAGCACACAGUCCCAGAGCAGGAAUUCUCAGCGCAUCCUGACUGUGCCUUGGGACUAUCGCAUCCCGAAGAUCCGCAUCAGCACACAGCAGGCUGAUGCUUUGCAGGACCACAGAGUGGUGGUGCGCAUUGACUCAUGGGAAGGCACAUCACUGUAUCCUAAUGGACACAAUGUGAGGGUUCUGGGUCGGGCUGGUGAGCUUGAGACUGAAAUACAGACCAUCCUCAUAGAGAACUGCAUCCAUGUCCCUCCCUUCUCCGAUGCACAGCUGAAAGAGAUGCCUCUGAAUUCUCCUGAGAAGCCCUGGAAGGUGGACCCUGCCCGGGUGGCUGAGCGACGGGACCUGAGGGAGAGUCACCUGGUGUUCAGCAUUGACCCCGUUGGCUGCGAAGAUGUCGAUGACACGCUGUCUGUGCGCAGCCUUGCAGGUGGAAAGCUGCUGGAGCUCGGGGUCCACAUUGCGGAUGUUACGCACUUUGUUUCUGAAGGCUCUCUCACUGACUUAGAGGCACAAGCAAGGGCUACAACUUACUACCUUGCAGACCGCAGGUAUGACAUGUUGCCAGCAAUUCUCAGUGCAGAUCUCUGCUCUCUGUUGGGAGGAGUCGACAGGUAUGCAAUGAGCCUACUGUGGGAGCUUGACGCACAAACGCUCGCCGUCAACAACGUGUGGUAUGGUCGCACAAUCAUCCGCUCCUCCUAUCAGCUCCACUACGAGCUGGCUCAGACCCUUCUCAAUGGCGAGCAGGCCGAGGUACCGGAGCUGACCCAGCUUAACUCCUCCGAGAGGGACGCCAAGUUGGCUCAGCUCACCCAGGCUCUGGAGAUACUGACCCACGUGGCACGACACCUCCGGGCGCAGCGAGAUCAAGGCGGUGCAUUGGAACUGGAAGGGGUGGAGGUGCAUGCACAACUGGACAAUGAAAAGAACAUCACAGCUCUGGUCCCGUGCCAACCCCUUGAGAUCCACGAGACGGUGGCCGAGUGCAUGAUCUAUGCUAACCACUGGGUGGCGCGGAAGAUCCAGGAGACCUUUCCUCAUCAGGCUCUGCUUCGACAUCACCCACCACCACGACAGGAGUUCUUCACCCUGCUGGUGGACAGCGCCAAGUCCAGAGGUUUCACCAUCGAUACCAGGUCCAAUAAAGCUUUAUCUGAAUCUCUGGACCAGGCUGUGGACCUGCAGGACCCACUGCUGAACAGACUGCUGAGGAUGAUGGCCACCCAAGCCAUGUCUCAGGCACUAUAUUUCUCGACCGGUGCUAUUUCCCAAGACCAGUACUACCACUAUGGUUUGGCUCUGGACCGCUACACACAUUUCACGUCACCCAUUCGUCGCUAUGCCGACAUGGUGGUCCAUCGCCUUCUGACAGCAGCCAUUGCUGUGGAGAAGGGGCAGAGCCCUGCUAAGGCACUGGCCACUAACAAAGAACUAGAUGAGUUGGCUCAUCAUAUCAACAAGAAGAACAGGGCAGCCCAGCAGGCACAGAAGGCGUCCACUGAGUUGUUCCAGUGUCUGUAUUUCAAAGAAAGAGACCCUCACACGGACCAGUGCUGCGUGGCCGAUGCUGUCAUUUACGCCAUCCGAGACAACGGUGUGUUGGCCUUUGUUCCGCUGUACGGCACGAAGGGGCCUGUGUACUUGAAGAGCCGAGAGGGCCAGGUGCUCUCUGUAGGACAGGACGGCCGCUGCGAGUGGCAGAGCGGUUCUGUGCGCCGCUAUUCGGACCACAUCACGACCACGUCCCUCAUUGGAACUACCACCUUCACACUGUUCAACCACAUCACUGUUCGGAUUUGCGUGCAGUCGUCACGCUGUCACCCCGACAGUGUCAACCUUGAGCUCGUCGGCAACAGGCCACACCUGAGCACGACGCUCCACCAGACUCCGUCGCAUGGCCGCAGCCAACUGGUUCAGGAGGUGGUGCGCUUAGCUGAGGGGGCGACCCAGCAGGCUCAGGAGAAGGCGAGCUGGCGGCCCGAACUGUCCAAAGAGGAGCAAGAGUUCUGCCAAAGCAAAAGUCCAAAUUUAUACUUACUCCUGGAGGAAAUUCGAGAGCUUUCACUGAUGGACCUGGAAUAUGCCGCCACAGCCUAGAGACUGUAGUGGAGUCUGCCUGAUAGGACAUGGAAUAUACACAGUUUUCAACAAUAUUUUUUAACAGGAAGACAAAGUAUUUUUAAACGUGUUCACUUUGUAAUGUACAUGAGUGUCACAUUGAUCAGUACGUUUGGUAUUAUGUAUAUGUUUUUAGAUAAUUCAACCAUUGUGGAGGUAUUUUCAUUAGGAUGGUCAAAGACUGCACAGUAAUGGCAUUUAAUUACUACUUAAUAGAUGUGUGGAAGCCCUCAUACAAUUCCUGACCUCAACUCAAAUGUACCAUAAACCAAAUUAGACUACUGAUACAAGUCGUACGCUUCCUUUGUGAUCAUCAGCUAGCAGCCUUUACAAAAAAAGUGGUUUGUCCCUUGAAAUUGCUAACCGGUGACACAACGUGCAUUCUUAUUUACUGUGGAUAUCGAUAAUAGAAACUGGUAAUGUUCUUUUUUAUAGUCAACUUUAAUUGAACAGUAAUUACAAAAAAAGUUUACAUCAUGAAAGAACUCCUUUUAAUUACUGUAAAGAUAAACAGCAUCAUGAAUAUGAUGUACUAAAUAAACUGAAAAGCUUCGACCCGAGC